AUGGCCACCAAAGUACCCAUCACUGAUCUUGCAAAGGAAUGGCUCAGACUCGACAAGAACCCCGAGACCCGCAAGGAGAUCGAGACUUUGCUGGAGGGCAACAACACUGCCGAGUUGGAGGCCCGUCUCCGUCAGCGCAUUGAGUUCGGAACUGCCGGUCUUCGUGCUGCUAUGGAGGCUGGAUUCUCUCGCAUGAACGACUUGACCGUCAUCCAGGCUUCGCAGGGACUCUGCCUCUACGUUCUGGAGCAUGUCAAGAACGCCAAGGAGCGUGGAGUUGUCAUCGGCCACGACCACCGUCACCACUCUAACGAUUUCGCCCGUCUCACCGCUGGUGUUUUCCUCUCCAAGGGCGUCAAGGUCUAUGCCUACAAGGAUCUCGUCCAUACACCCAUGGUUCCCUUUGGUGUCAAGUCCCUUAACGCCGCUUGCGGUAUCAUGAUCACCGCCUCGCACAACCCCAAGAAGGAUAACGGAUACAAGGUCUAUUGGGAGAACGCCUGCCAGAUCAUCCCCCCUCAUGAUGAAGGAAUCGCACAGAUGAUCCACGAUAACUUGGAUCCUUGGGUCUGGGACUACAAGUCCUUUGAGAACCCUGACCUUGUUGACCCUACUGAGGAGCUUGUCCCUGCCUACUUCAAGGAGGUCGAUAGCCUGUGCAUUGCCAAGGAGGCCAACGCCGCCUCAGAGACCAAGUUUGUCUACACUGCUAUGCAUGGUGUUGGUUACCCAUUCGCCAAGGAGGUCUUUGAACGGUUCGGUUUCAAGCCUUUGAUCCCUACCACGGAGCAGGUCCAGCCCGAUCCCGAGUUCCCUACCGUCGCCUUCCCCAACCCCGAGGAGGGAAAGGGUGCUUUGGCUUUGGCCUUCAAGGCUGCAGAUGAGGCUGGAGCCUCGGUUGUGUUUGCUAACGACCCUGACGCAGAUCGCUUUACUGUUGCUGAGAAGCAGGCUUCAGGAGAGUGGGUCCUUUUCACCGGAAACCAGAUCGGAACCAUGUUUGCCUGCAAUGCCCUCGACAACUGGCGGUCCUCUGGCAAGAGCGAUGCCAAGGUUGCGGUGCUGUGCUCGACAGUGUCGUCAAACAUGUUGGCAAAGGUCGCCAAGACGGAGGGUAUCCACUGGGAAGACACAUUGACAGGAUUCAAGUGGAUCGGCAACCGCGCCAUUGACCUGGAGAAGGAUGGCUACAAUGUUAUUUUCGGUUAUGAGGAGGCUAUUGGAUUCAUGUUGGGAGACAUUGUCCGUGACAAGGACGGUGUCAGUGCACUCGGAACUUUUGCCCAAUUGGCGGCCAAGCUCUACAAGAACGGCACCAAGAUCUCGGACUACCUCGAUAGCCUCUACAAGAAGUACGGAUACUUCUCCUCGGCCAACUCGUACUUUAUCUGCCACGAACAAGAGACCAUCGACAGAAUCUUCAACAAGAUGCGUUUCGGUGCUACCCCUCAGUCGGACGAGACCGGUCGGUUUGUCCACAAGCCUUUGUACCCUACCCACAUUGGAGAGCACAAGGUUGCGAAUGUGCGUGAUUUGACGUUGGGGUAUGAUACAUCGAAGAAGGAUGGUGUCCCCAGCCUCCCCGUGUCGCCCUCGGCCCAGAUGAUUACCUUCUACCUGGAGAACGGAUGUGUGUUUACGUUGCGCACUAGUGGAACUGAACCCAAGAUCAAGUACUAUCUCGAGGUCUCGGCAGCUACGCAUCAGGAGGCCGAGUCUGAAGCCAAAGCUAUUGAGUCUGCCAUGUGCACUCAGCUCCUCGAGCCCGAGGCUAACGGCCUUCAAUACCGCCAAUCUUCGUAA